UGUAAAGCGUAUUCCUAGUUGGAGUUGGUUGUGCGACAGUUGUCUGCGACAGGUGUCGCACGGUUUUUGAGGUCGGUUGCCGUUGAUAUUGAUAGUUGCCGCCCGCGGUUGCUGUUAGUUUGCCAUGAACCCAUUGCGUGGUGGUGUUGGACCGAUUAAAAGGCAGAAAGGUGCUGCCUCCGACGCCAAGAAGCCCCCAUCACGUCGACGCGUGGUGUGUGGGAUUGACGGGUGUGCGUACAAUGGCGAGUACAGGCUGCAUGCAAGGCACAGGCAGCUGGUGCAUUCUGGAAAAAGAGCGGAAUAUGCCAACAGCUCCUUUGGUGUGGGAGGACGAUUCAGGAGCUGGGUCCAGAAACCAUCUGAGGAUCAAUAUGUCCAUCUUCGGCAGGAAAGCCCAGGUGCUGCCUUGAGAAGUGAGGAGAGUUCACCCCCAGAGGAGACUCCUCAGUCCUGCUCACCAGGCCAAGCAGCUUCCAGCCCAACUCAGUGUGCAACUGAACCCCAAGUGAGUUCAGACAACGUCUGUCAUCGCUCGGAGGAUGUGAUUGGGGAAACAACGGACAACACCGAGUCGGCAACUUGUGGUGGCUGCUGCUCAGUCUGUGGUGUGUCCUGUAAGGCCCAAACUUUCAUGUCGGACGCUCAAAAAGUGCUUCAUGUUUUGGAAGAAAAGUGCCGUGAAUUGGCAAGUGACGCCUUCGUGAGUGAGGCUCGAAAACUAGUCGCAAAACUGGACCAGAAAUGCACGGAACUUCCAGACAAGCUCCCGGCAGUUGCCACUGAGGAUGUAGGUGAGGGAGAGCACAUCAGUGUUCUGUUCCGGUCCGGUCGCAGUAUAUCCACUCUCCAGACGGCGUCAGGUGGCGAACUAAUGGUAGACGAGGAGAAGGGAUAUCUCUAUUGCUCAGUCUGUGUGCCUCAGCCGAAAGACGAACAGAGAAGCAGACCUGGCUUGUUUGCCUACGACUUUUCACUUGGCUCAGUGUUCGCCAACUGUUCCGUGCUGCCACCACGGUUUAAGAGCCUGCGGGACACAGUUGCAAAACAUUUUAGAUCGGAAGGCCAUAAGGCCAUGAAAAAGUCGCGCUGUGAGUCGAACGAGCGCGAAAACGCCCUCAUUUGA